GGGUGGGGGGAGGCUUAUGGGACAGCUGGGCGGGGCCGGGGAGGGCAGGGCCGCGCGGAAGUCCUGACCUGCAGGUGGCGCCGGCCGGAGGCUGGGGCGUUGCUGCCACCAGUGGGCGGGGCAGCGGGGCAGCGGGGCGGGGGCACCCUCACCUGUCCGUGUGUGGGGAUCAGCCUGGGCUCCGUGGCCUCCGCUUGCACCGGACGUGGACCCAGGCUACCGGUGGGCAAGAUAGAGGACUGAGCCCAGGCACGCACGGCUGGCCAGGUGGGAUCCCCACCCCCGCUCAGCCUUCUUUCUGCAUGGAUGCUGAAGGACCAGGCUCACUUGAAGUUCUGAGUUUGAGCAGUAAGAAAAGGCUGACCAGCCUCUGGUUCCCGUACCGGUCAACUGAUUGGAGUACCUUUCCAGUUUGGAAACAUCUGGGCAGGCCCAGCUGGUAAGUUUACUUUUCUACUUUGACCAAGCAAACUGAAGCCAACAGAAGAGAACUUUCACCAGCAACUCCCAGCACAUCCGCUCGCCUUCUGAUGUCUGUGACCUCACUCUCGCUGCCCCACCUCUUAUUACAGAUUGAACAGGAUCCAGGGGGAAGUACCAAGCCUGUCCCAUCGGCCAUCCUGUGUGUCAUGUCCUGUGACCCAGUGGAUGCUCAGCACCCUCCAGCUGAAGAAACAGAUUGCCUUAGGUACAUGAAAGGUGAGGACACCUACUAUCCCCAUGGAGCCCAGGUGGGGCUGGGAGUCUGCUGUUUGUACAGCCGGUGGGCUCGUGUUGCUUUGGGCAUCCCUGUGCCUGAAUUCCUGCAGUACACUCGGUGCCUGUUUCCUAAUCUGCAAAACUGGAAUGAUGUUAACCAUCCCGCAGUGCAUUCCAUGGUGCAUCCUCGCCUAGAAUUGAGUGGAAGCAAGUCCAUCUCAGAAGGGACAUACCUGAAGAGAAAUGGCUUUCCAGACUCUGAAGGGCAGAGAAAGCACCAGCCUGGGUUAGAGAAAGAGAACAGCAUCUCUGAGCCCGUCCUGGGUGACCUCACAGAGAUCACCCUAGUGGCCCAGGCUAGUGACCGGGAACAUGUACCUUCCUGCAGCCAACCCCAGACGUCCACUGAUGCAUCAUAUACUGGCAAAGAUCCUGGCCUGGGGGGGCGUUGGCCGCCGGAGAUUCGCCAGAUGUUGGACUCCAGCUUAACCACCGGAAGUGGGCAGGAUGUGCUGAGGGGGCGGAGGCAGCCGCCAAGGCAGCGACGGAGGGGGCUGUCCCUGGCCAGCCGGUCAAUUUGUUCCCAUCUCAACAUUUGCUGUCCCAGUUUCGCAGGACGCCCUUCUCCAGUUUAUCCUUCUCCUGGGAGGUGACAUUUUAGGUUAUUGGGUCCCAGAUUGCUGGCACACUCAUCCCUGUUCUCAAACAUCUUUUAAACUUGGGUGAAGUGAUAAGUUGGGGAAGAAGAUGAUUUACUGAAAGUCUCCCGAGAAGAGAUUCAGACUGAACAGCUUUGUGUCGGACUUUGGAAGACCGCUGGUGCCCAAGGGGUUCUCUGGCAGCACAAUGACGAAUCUAGGUCCCUCUUUCACUGCUACGUCAAUGAAGUGGACCGCUUGGACAAGGCCAAAGCUGGUAUCCCAACCAUAGCCCUUGACAGUGUUGUUCGGCUCCAGGAAGCCAUCAGAUGCAGCAGGUGGCCAGAGGAGGAGCCGAACGGGCUCAUGAAAUGUGACACCCUCAGCUUCAUCAACACGGACCAGAACUCUUCCUUUGGGGAAGAUGAUCUCCUGAUUUUGGAACCACCUAUUGUUCUAGAAAAUAAGCCAGUUGCCCAGACCUCACACAAAGACUUGAAUUGGAAAUGUGCUUUGUCAAGUGUUUCUCUGAAGAUGUGAAGUCUGUCUUUGUAUGGCAGGAAGUCCCCUUUCACAAAAUUGUAUGUGUUUGUGUCUGAGAGAGAGAAAUGGAGACAGACAGAAAGACGGAGACAGAAGAGAGCCCCCUCAGAAGAGAGCUAGUUAAGCAUCCCAGACUGACGAAGACAGUGGAGAAUGCCUCUGAGUUUGGCACUGAUUGCCUGGAGAAUGCUGAAACCCAGGGAAGUGGGCAGCACAGACGUUUACUCAUUUAAUCCUGCCAACACAGUAGGAGAUAGAGUCUACAUAUUCCUCGCUACUUAAAAGAUCCCUGCCUUCUCUCUGCUCCUCCUGUCCAUGUCUCUCCCUCCACUUUUCCCCUUCUCCCCUCCUCCUCCCAUCUUCUCCGUCCCUCGCUUCCCCACCUUCUCUUGCAGAACCCAGAGAGGAUCGCUGGCCCUCCUGCGCAUGCGCAGGCUGUGCCAGCUGGACCGAGGGUUGGAAGCUGCAACUCCGAGCCGGGGAUCGGCCCCAAAGGCUUCUCAGCUCUUUCGCCCGCUCAGUGGUGUGGGCGCUGCUCCCCGGGCUGAGAGCCUCCGGCUGUGAACCCCAGCUUCUCCUGGUGGAGUCGGGAAAAGGGAGCGUCAGUGCUGAGCGAGCUUCCGUCUCCUCCCUCAGUGUUUCUGCCCCAGUGAGAGGGCUCAGUAGUGCUUUGCCAGCAUGAUUUUGGGGCAAUUUGGGGGCAGAUAUCGUGCACAAGCAGUGAGAUAUUUCCAUGCAUUUUACUUUCCGGACAUCACCAUGGAACAUGUGGGGGUUUGUGCCUGCAGGCCGGGAUGCUGCAGGACUCCCUGGUCCAUCACCGUUAUGUCUUGGAGCUGCUCCAGUCAGUGAAUGACUUUCUGUGCCUUGGAGUACGUUUUGGUUACUGAGACCCUCGAAUUCCCAUAUGAAUUGUAGCAGCAGCUAGUCAGUUUCUGCAGAGGAGACCGCAGGGAUUGUGAUCGAGACCACGUUGAAUAUACGGAUCGUUCUGGGGAGCACUGCCAUUCCAAGAGCGCUGUCUUCUGAUCCAGCAAUGUGCCCUCACCUCCAGUAGCAUCCAUCCAGACACCGGAACUGACACUGGCCGUGCUCAGAACUGCCUCAGCCCUGAAGACACAACUGACAAAUAGAAGGGGACCACGCCCUGUUACAGCAGGUGCUCUCACUUUCUGGAUCCUUAUGUAACUGAGCGGUGUCAAUCAGGAUUGCCCGUUUUACAUUGUGUGGCGCUGCUGCGGUGUCUCCUAGUUAUUUGUUUCUCUCGCUUUAUUCACUCAGGGGUAUAUCAUGGACAUCCUCCCACUCCAGACUCACCCGGCCCUUUCAGAUAUAUUGGAGGGGUCUCCUGAUGUGUGGGUGUCGUCUCUUGUCCACGGACACAUUUGGUGGGAGAGUGCUGUGGACAAGGCCCUGGACCACGGCGAAACGCCGGCUCCCUCAGCGCCCGCAGCUCGCCUUGAUUUACCGCAUCAUUGUCUUGAUGGUGGACAGUUAAGUUUUCUCCAUUUUCCACUGUCAGAAAGAAUGUUUGAGUUGCAUCCUUCUUGUACAGAACUUCCUGUGAUCUUGUAUGUGUAUUCCUUUAGUUAAGGCUUCUGGAAAUUUAGUCCCUGGAUGUGACAUUUACAUUCAUCACAGACUCCUUUCAAGUGACUAGAAAUUCCUUCUCCAUUGGGGAAUGAAAAAAUGCACAAUUACUUAUGUAACCAAUUCUCUAUCGCUGGAUAUGAUUUCACUUCAGUUUUUCUUCCCACCUUUGUAAACAGUGCUGUGUAAAUGCCAUGAUGGGUACAUCUUUUUGGACUGAUUUUUUUUCCUAAAGGAAACGAUUCCUAGAAGUGGAGUUGAGUCAGUGUGUAUGUACGUUUUUCAGAGCUUACAAGUCCAUUGAUAUGUCAUCCUCUGAAAAAGUCGCUCAUGAUUUGUUCUCCCACAGAUGGACACUAGCUAGAAUAUCUUAAAAAUAUUUGCCAAUAUGAUAAGCAAAAAUGCUUUUUCAUUGUUUUUGUUUGCAUUUGAUGACCAGUGAAGUUUUGAGCAUUUUUCACUCAUUAGCCAUUUGACUUUUUUAAAAUGAAUGAUUCCUUUUGUCCUUUGCCCACAUUUAAGUGAGGGAGCUUCUUGUUGCUUUGUGACAGCUUUUUGUAUGUUAUGAAAAUUAACUUCGUGAAUUCAUCAACAUGUAUCACAGAGCUUUUUCUUGUCAUUUCUUUCCUUUCAUUUUGUUCAGGAAGUUUUCUGAUUUUUGUUGUGGCUCAAACUAUUCUUAGGAUAGUAAAUGUCUUCCUUAUGGGUUUUAUCUUUCACAUUAUUCUUAGAAAUACUCUCUUAUAAUGGAAUAAAUCUCUUCUGUAGGUUUUUUUAAUCUCUAAGAUGGAGAUUAUAAUAGUACAUGUUAUAGUGAGGAGAAGUUGAGUUAAUAAGAGCAAAGAGUUCUAUUUGCUGUUACUAGUACUUUUUAAUAUUUACAUCGCUAUCUGCAAUUUAUCUUGUGGUCAUUAUGACAGGAGUAGAAUUUAUUCUUUCCAGGUGAUUCUCUGUCCCAGGACAAUUAUCGAAUUCAUAAUUUUCUCUUUGAUUUGAAAUCCCACCUGUACAAAAUACUUACAUACACUAGAGUCUUUUUUGAGCUCAUGGUUCCCUUCUGUCAAUCUCCUUUCCUUACUCCAGCACCAUAUCUUACAUGUUGUAAAAAUUUAUUUAAUAACUGGCAGUCUGAUUUUUUUUGAUUCUUUUCUUCCAUCCCAAAUUUUCUUGUCAAGUAUUAUGACUUUAUUAUUCCUGAAGAAUUCCAAAAUAUUUUGUUCAAGCUAUAAAAAAUCAGAUUGGAAUUUUCAUGGGAUUUUUUAGUAAGUUUUGAAUUAUUCUUAGGAGAACUUACAUCUUUACAAAACUGCUUUUCUCCAUGCAAUAUGUUUAUGUCUCUACAUUCAUACCUCUUUCUUUAACCCUCAGUACAGUCCUGAAGUUUCUCCAUUUAGAAUAUGGGCAUUAUUUUUGAAUUUAUUCCAGAUUAUUGUUUAUGUUUUUGUUAAUUUUGUGAGAAUUUUUUGCUAUUAUAUUUUUAAAUGUUUAAAACUGACAUUUAGAAAGGAAGAUUCGGUUUGUCAAUAGUCACUUUGUAACUUGUCAUUUAAAAUUGUAAGUAUUAAGUACUUGUUCCAGAAUCCUUUCUUUUCUGUUUUUUAAAAUUUGUUUCCAAGAUUCUCAAAAUGUUCAUAGCUAAGUAGUAUAGGUGGGGACACAGAUGGAGAGAGGAAGUGUGGCUCACGAACAAACUGUGAGCACUUUCAUGGCUGCCUUUAGGCUGGAGAAGCCACAGAAGAGCCCAGGUUAGACCAAGGGUGGCUUUGUAUGCACUUGAAAGCCAGCUUUCCUGCCUGUAUGGUGAAGCCUGGUGGGCGUGGCAGGUAGAUGAUCAAGGCCUGAUCAAGAUCAUUGGCUGCACAGAGCACUGUGUCUGUGAGAACUGGAGACCAUUACCAUGGGAAAUGCUUGGCGCCAGGAACACUGCAGGGGAGCUGGGGAGCCUGUGUGUUAAGGAUUUUCCAGCCCUGGGAGUGGGAAGAUGAGACUCUGCAUUCAGAUCUGAGUUUGAAUUCAUCCUCUCUUGUUUACUGGUCCUCUGACUUUUGUCAAGUUAUCUACCCGCUUUGAACUCCUGUUUUCUUGUCUCUCAAAACAGGAGAAUUACAGCCUGCUGCUAGAGUGUUUGAUCAGGGUAAAUGAUUUGUGUCUAUAAGAUGCCACGUACAGUCACAAUCUCAGUGAGAAAUGGGCUGUCGCCUCUUCUGCAACUCAGUGCUCGAUAAGACAUCGGGGGAAAGCCAGUCCCUAAUUUGUAUGUGAUGCAAUGAGGAACAAAAUUAACGUCUUGCCUUUCCCUAGCAGUAUUCUUAUUUCUUUGCUUCAUUUACCUCUUUCCUCCUUUACUCUCCCCUUUCACCUCCUCCACCAAAAGAGACUGAGUCUGUCUCAGGACACUACAUUCAAAUUACUUUAAAUGUUGGCUCAUCCCCAUGAAAUUACAGUGAAAUUAAAAAUAAUCUGUACACGUCCCAGACAUGAUUAUAUUUGAUUUACACACACAAACACACACACACACACACACACACACACACACAAUCAGGCUACCUCCCAUUUGCUGAGGGAGAAGGACCACUUUUUCUGAGUUUUCAUUCACUGAGCGUGAGAGCAAAGUCUCUUAAGCAGAAAUUCGCCUGGCUUCUUGCAUGGUUUUUUAAAUUGGAUUUCUGCUUUGUGUCCACAGAAAUAGACUCCUAUUAGAAGAGGGGAAGUGGAGACAUAGAUAUUCUGCUGAGAUAUUGGUGUCAUCAUAUUUGAGUUGGAAAGGACUUACGACAGCAUAGAGUCGUACCUUUUUAUGGUGUAAGAAUGCCGGUGACUGAGUUAGAAACAUACUCCCAAGCUGUCCACGUCCUUGCCAUUAAGAAGCGGACCCUGGAAGCUUCCAAAUUUCUCCAGAAUGCGUUCUACAUUCACCUUCGGCAAUUGGCCCGCCAUAUCUGCAGUUUCCACUUCAUGGAUCCAGAUGGCUGAUUGUAAAGGGACUCGAACAUCCUUGGAUUAUGGAAUCCAGGAUGGAGGGUUCCUGAAACCAACCCCUCGAGGAUACUAAGGGAUGACUCUACAUGUAGGAGUGAAAUUGCUGAGCCAUAUAACUCUAACCUUUUGAGGAAACAACAGACUUCUCCAAAGAAGCUGCACCAUUGUCCCUUUCCACUGGCCGCAUAUGAGAUACCCAGCUUUCCCUGCACCAUUUGUUGAAUAGACAAUUCUUUCCAUGGAGUGUUGUUGGCACCCUUGUGGAAAACUGACUGUAAAUAUAAGGAGACUGAGAAUUAAGUCUUCUCUCUUUGGGUGGAGCUCAUUAUCAAUGACGGGAAGUUGUAAGGUAAAAGAUAUUGAUUCAUCCUGAGAAAACAUUUUUCUGAGAGUCAGCAGUGAAGAAGGUGGACACUGAAGAAGGUGAUCAUUGUUCGAUUGAGACGAGCCCCGGGUUGUACGGAGUCAGCAUCCCUGUCCUGGACACAGCCAGUGUAGAGCUGUGUGGUGGGUGAGGGGGCGAUGCCGCGCAGGGAACGCAGAUGCCGGGCCAUUGGGCUGUGCUCAGGCCCGGUGGGGCUUUCUCCUAAGGGCAGUGGACAGUCAUUGACAGAUUUUAAGUAGGGGAGUGGGGUGCUCUCGUAGAUCACUUUUGUCUUGUAGAAUGCUUAGAAACAUUUAGAAGGCUCAGCUGGAGGUGAUGUGAUGAGUCAGAUUAGGGUGGCUGCCAGGUGUAGGAGUGUAGAAUUUUCAAGUGGUUUUCAGUCCCAGUUUUGUGGCUCAGUAGCCGUGUCACUUUGGAUGAUGCACUCAAGGAAGAGAAACAAUUUAUCUAAUCAAUAAAUGCAGUGAUGUACCGACCUCCCAGGACUGCUGUGGAGAUCCAGUGAGAUAACGUGUCCACAGUGUGCAGCAUGGUACCCAGCACAGAGUCAGUGCUGAGUGAGUGCCAGUGAGUAUCUGGUAGGACAGGUGUGGGUGGUUGGACUCGGUGACUGAGGAAAUCUGGGCCCUGAAGGAGGGGUCCAGUCACACCUGUGAGUGAUGGGCCUGAGCUCGGAGAGGCAGAGACACCUUGCCCCCCGACCAGGGGCCCUAGGCAGGACGGCUAUGAGAGGAGAAUCAUGAAGUCAGCUCUUUGCAGGUGGAGUUGGAGUUGCCCUUGCGACAUCUAAGUGCAGCGUCACGAGCUCAAAGAGGAGGUCUGGGCCCAGGCUGUGAAUUUUCCUAUAAACUUAAUCCCUGAGGACGCUGAGGUAGUGAUCACUGAACGUGAAGACAUACUUUACAGGACAAGUGAAUAGUAGUAUCAUCUCUGUCAUCAAAGCUCACGUCUCUUUAUUCAUCACCCACUUUGCUAAUUGGGUACUUACAGAGCUCACUUCACCGUCCUCCCAUGGGCUCAGGCUCCACAGUAAAGAGCUGGUGAGCCUCCCUCCUUUCCAGAAGACGACACAUUUAGCUGGUAGCCUUCUGUACCUCGCCAGACUUAGAAUUUUAGUUUGUUGAUUUAAUUCUAUUUUCUAUUAGCCAUCUCCUGACAAGGGAGACCUUUUACCUCAUGGUAAUAAUUCAAAUAGCUGUUACUGAGAAUUGCUGAUCUGAUCCAUAGAGUAAGUAUUAUAUUAACCUUGUAGAGUACUUAUCAUUUUUCUGUCUUUGCCCUUUAAUUUUGUAUGCCCUUUCUCUAUCCUAUUUGGGGCCUUAAUUUUUUUUAAUUAAAAGAUGUCUGUUUGCAGUUAAGAAAACAAAAGAAAAAAUACACAUGAUAGCUAAACAUAGAAAAUAUCUAGUGUGUUUUCUGUCUCGGCAAUGGAGGGUUGUAGAAACUUGUGAAAACCUUCAUUACACAAGUUUCUUAAAAUGCGGAUUAAGAAAUAAAACCUUCCUUCCUCAUCUUUCAAGCUGCACAGCUAAUUGUCAAGAAACUGAGGGGAAAUCCUCAGAAGCCAAGACAAACCAGAAAGCAGGGAUUCUGGGUGAUACAUGAGCCUUAGAAGCCCUGGGGUGUCUGUUGGCUCCUGUACUGAGUUUCAGUUGCCUUGACAGUAGGGCAGGAGGUGAGCCCGAAGCCUCUCACACUGGGAGUUGGAUGACUGAUCAUAUGUAAGGCCAAGCCCAUUCCGAGAAGCAUGGUUUACUUAAGGGUGAACUAGGAAAAAAAAAUUCCUCAAGGCAAGACAGUAAGGAAAGUCAAUUUUGUUGGAAGAGGGGAAAAAUUACAAAUCCAAAGUAAGGAUAUAGUUUAAAGCUCUUCUGGCAUGAGAGUGACCACAAACUCCUGGCAGAGAAGCACAGCUACUCCUGGAAUGAGAAGCUGUGGUUUGAAUGAAUCAGUGAGCAGCCAUUCCGAAAAAGGCCUCCAGAGUCUUGUGGAUCAAGAUACUGGACGGCAAACACCUCUCUUCCAAGGUCUCAUUCAAAUAACCAGAAAUGUUUUAAAGGAAAGAAGCCAUAAUCAUAGUUCUAUUUAUUAACAUUACUAUAUGCUAGGAAUUCAGAGGUGACUAUGGAGUUGACUCCUCAUUUAUGGACCUUACUUUCUCUUUGGGGAGAAAAACUGACAUAGUUGGGGAGCUUGGUAGAGGGAGGUGUUAGUCUGUUGCAAUUAGCCAGGAGAGGAGAUUAAGAAAGCAGUGAAGGGUGGGUGAACUUUUUAGCUGAGGACAGACAGUCUUGUUCAGUUGGCUUUUAAUUGCAGGUUCAAUGAGCUGUCACUGGAGGGAAUAGAUAUUUCGGAGGAUGGACUUAGCUCAGGCCUCUUUAGAAUGGACACGUGAAACUGGAGAAAGACAGUCAAAUCUGUGCAGACAUUAAAGUUCACUUGAACAUGCUCCAUCCCUGAGCCAAAGAUAGGACAAAUAUGCAGCACUUCUUAAGGACAGAGGAGUGGUUUCUAAGAUUCUCCAAGAAUGAAUCCCAGGGAACCGGGAUGGCCAGUUGUCAAACUGUGACUUUGCUCUUUGGACGGUGUACCCACCAAGGGUAUUGGACUUUUAUAAGUUUCCAUUUCUCUUUAAUACACGUCAGGUGAUUAGGACGUGGGCACAAGUAUCUGACACCUUGUCGAGGCGACUUUGGUUACCUGCCUAGAAGCACGGGCACUACUAUGGCUGCGUCAUACAUCUUGCCGCCCAUCCCGUUCCCCGGCUCAGUGAUCACGGCAGAGUGGUCCCUUGUUUACCUGUCCGUCUCCUCUGUGACAUCAUUACCCAUGAAAAUACCGGAGCAUAUUAACGUGGUUUUCUUAAAUUCAAAGGAACAGAUCAAAUAUGGAGUCAGAUUUGUUUUUUCCUACUUCAGUAGUGCCAUGGAGAAGGCAGUUUGGGCAGCUUUUUCUAGGGCCCUAGAGGCUUUCUCUCUCAGGCUCUGGGCACCUUUAUUGAAAACCCUUCAUAGCUGUCUGGAGUGCUGUAAAACCACUCCGCCUGUUUUGCCCUGAAGAUGUGUUCAGUUUAUAACUCAUAUCUACUCCUUGGAAAACAACUCAAUAAAAACUCAGUUGGUUUUCCACCAGCCAUUGCCAGGGGUGGGGGAUACCUUGUUAUUAUUUCAUAAAAUAAAAAUAACAAUAAUAAUAAUAAUAGUAAUAAUAAUAAUAAAUAAUAUUAAUAAAAGAAUUCUUAAAACAGCACUGGGCACAUUGGAGAGAGUCAAUAAAUGCUUCCUGGCUUAAGUCAAAAGUGAUGACUCAGUGAUUCCAUGGCUGCUGUAUUUGCUGAGCUAAUUACUCCUUUCCUCCAUUACACAUUUUUUUAACUGAAAAAGAAAUACAUGCAAAUGGUUAAAAAAAAUUCAAACAGAGCACAAAACUACACAAGUGAAAGAAGUUUUCCCUCAUCCUCUGUUCUUCCAGCCCUCCCUGGAGAUGCCACUGUUUACUAUCCUUUGGAUGAUUUUCCAGAUAUGCUAUGCACAUUCCCAAAUAUGUAUGUAAAUUCCUUUAAAGUUUUAGUUAUUUUUAACUUAAAGGGAUUUAAAUCCUCAAGUGGCUUCUGCCCGGGUAAUAGAACAGAACAAAUCUGACUCCAUAUUAGAUCUUUUCAUUUGACUUAAACACUAUGCUCUGUCUCCUAGGCUUCAUCUUGCUUGUAAAACAAUGUUGCUUAGAGCCUGAAAUAUACAGGAGAGCCUAUUCUGAAGGCUCUGAACUUUAAGGAUAUUUAACACUUUUUCAUUCAUAAAAAGAUAACAAAUUACAGAAUAGAAAAUAACGUUUGUUUUGUUCAAGGUUUACAGAGAUUUGACCCAGGCAGAUAGCUGCAAGAACAAAGGAUUCUAACAACAAGGAAUUCCUACACCAGGAAGAUUGCAACAACCAAGCACGUAGGAAAGGAGCCUGAAUUCUGACUUGGGGAGAUGGUUUUCCAGGACAUUAGUUUGCCAUCUAGGUCUACAGAGACUUGCUAUUCCUUGCCCCAACACCUGGUCUCCCAACUUAUUGGCCUGUCCUGCACUGAGAAGAAUUAUUUUGGACUCGGUAACACUCCUAUCUACCUAGCAAGCAGGGCACUGGAACUGAGUGUUAUGGAAACAACAGGCCAGCCAAGAAACAAGCACCACUGGGAGGGUUGGAGUACUCAGAUUUAUUAUGCCGGCGGGCUCAGAGGGGCUUCUGCUCCGAAGUUCUGAGCAACUCCAAGACAUGCACAUGAGGUUUUAAAGGGUUAAUUACAAGUAAGGGGUAUUAGCCAAUAAGGCUCAAACAACAUAAAGCAAGGAAUCAGUACACUGGAGCUUAUCAACUUGUAAUAGAUCACGUUACUGACACAUGUUGAGGUUGGAUUUACGAGUUAGCUUGUUAGCCCAGUAAACUGACACUAAACUUCAGAUUUACGAGUUAGCCCAGCAGAAUUUAGAUCAGUAAAUCGACACUUAUCACACUUAGAUUUGUGACUUAGCUUGUUAGCCCAGCUGGGCUUUUCCUUUACAUGAGGAUAGCUCUCCCACACCCAGGGAACUACUGUGAGCCCUUGAUGGUUCCACUAGGGUGGGGUGUGGUUUACCCAGGAGGGAUGGGGACUGUGCACCAACACUCAGGCAGUCUGCUCUGUCUGGGGCUCUGAUCUUGUACCACCCCGCUCCCCCCCAGCCCAACACCUGGGAGAGUGGAACUAAGGCAGAGAUCAUGCCUGCCUGUUUCCCAGCGUGUAAAAGGGGAAUAGGUACUCUUCCCAAGGUAGUUCUGAGCGACAACACCUGCGGGUGCUUGGUUCCCAGAGCAACAGAAAACCCAGCUCCGCGUGGGGGCAACGGGUGUGAUACCCAUAGGGUUUCUGCAGAAGCAUCGGAUGGAGGGCUGGAUCCGAGAGUUAAAACAUGAGCUGCGGGCCGUGAAGGGUAACAGAAUGGUACAGAGGCAAGACUGCCGCCUCCUUCGGGGUGCCCCCAGAGGUAAAGCUUUUUCUCUCCAUCUCCGCUACGACCCUCCCCUCUCCAGAUCCAUCCCUUUUCUCUGCUCUUCCGGUCCAUCUGUCUCCCUCCACUUUUCCCCUCCUCUCCUCCCCCUCCCAUCUUCUUCCUCCCUCGCUGCCCCACCUUCUCUCGCAGAACCCAGAGUGGAUCGCUGGCCCUCUUGCUCAUGGGCAGUCGGUGCCAGCUGGACCGCGGGUUGGAAGCUCCAGCUCCGAGCCGGGGAUCGGCCCCAAAGGCUUCUCAGCUCUGUCGACCGGUAGGCCUUUAGAUCCUGCACGGGGCCGGGGCCUCUGGCUGUGGAAGUGCAAGGUGGGGGGCUCCCGGGAAAGGGGUCAGGCGGCUGCGGGAGGGCGGUCGGCAUGUCACAGCCCCCCAGGGCGCCAGUCAGCCUGUGUUCAGCUGAAUUGCUCUGGCCAGACCCCUCUGCCCGCGCCACCUACCCCGGCGCCCCGGCCACACCUGUCCAUGGCCAGGUGUGCACCUGCAGCAUCUCACCCAGCCGGGAACCCCUCAGUCCGUGGCUGGCGUCCCCUUCCCCUCUCCCGCCCGUGAGUCCUCUCCUCCCGGGCUGCCUCUCCUCGGCCGCCGGCCCGUCCUCGCCCCUGGGCGGGCUGUGUCCCGGGCGGGUGGGGUCUGCGGACCCGAACGGGGGCAGGCGGCUGGGGCUGGGGCUGGCCUCCGAGCGGGGCUGCAGCCCGCGUUUCCACCAACCCCCCCCCCCCCCGCUUUCCCUGCCCCGCGACCCCGGGGCUGCCCUGCUCUUCCUUUCCUGCUCCCUGAGGACAAGCUCAGCGGCGUGGGCGCUGCUCCCUGGGCUGAGAGCCUCCGGCUGUAAAGCGCAGCAUCUGGUGGGGUCGGGAAAGUGGAUCCUCAGUGCUGAGCGAGCUUCUGUCUCCUCCCUCAGUGUUUCUGCCCCAGGGCCUGCAACAUGAGCAUUCCUGACUACGUGCAGUGUGCUGAGGACUAUGAGGCUCUUCCCGUGGUGGUCAAACCAGUGGGGAUCAUCUCAGAGGAGAAUUUCUUUUGCAUCUAUAAGCGAAUCUCCUUGGUGAGCCAGAUCAGCCCGUGCAGCUCCCAGGGCGCACUCUGUACGCACUACAGGCACCACUAUGCGCCCAAGAAUGGAUGGAGCGUCUUCCAGACCCACCGCAUGGUUGUGGGCCUUGUCACCAUUACCGACUGCCUCUCGGCCAAGGCCUUCGAGAAGCUCCACGUGCAGAGGAGCUGUAUGGCAUCACGCUUAAUGACUCUCAGCUCUUUGUCUUUGUGCUGCAUGGGGAGGUAAGCCAAGCAGCCGCGCACCGACGUGGCCUUCAAUCUACGAGGACUGCAGGGUGGUGGAGAAGAGGAUCGAGGACUUCACUGAGUCACUCUUCAUCUUGCUCAAGUCCAAGUGGCUGGAUGGGGCCCCUGACAAGCCUGGGGACCAUAUCCCACUCCUCUGCAUGCCGUUUGAGAAGGAGGACUUCAUGGGACUGGACACAGACAGCAGGGCCCUGUGAUCUACAAGCCCGCGCUCCCAUCUGCUCCUUGGAGAUGAGGUGUCAGGUUUAGGAGCCUGGGCACUGCUGAGGGCACAGCUGCCAGCACCGGGCUACACAGAAGCUGGCUCCGUAAACCUCACAUGUCACCGCCUGCUGAUCCCCCAGGCGUCAGUCAACGUAGGUGCAUCGGUGCAACUACGUUUUGGUUACUGAGACACUCGAAUUCCCAUAUGAAUUGUAGCAGCAGCUAGCCAGUUACUGCAGAGGAGCCCACUGGGAUUGUGAUCGAGACCACGUUGAAUAUGUGGAUCGCUCUGUGGAGCACUGACAUUCCAAGAGCGCUGUCAUCUGAUCCAGGAAUGUGCGUGGUGUGUCUGUCCAGGUGCCCUCACCUCCAGUGGCAUCCAUCCAGACACCAGCACUGACACUGGCCGUGCUCAGAACUGCCUCAGCCCUGAAGAUACAACUGACAAAUAGAAGGGGGCCAUGCCCUGUUACAGCAGGUGCUCUCACUUUGUGGGUCCUUAUGUAACUGUGCGUUGUUAUUCAGGAUCGCCCAUUCUACGUUGUGUGACGCUGCUGCGGUGUCUCCUAGUUAUUUAUUUAUGCUCCUCCGCUCAGAUGUAAGAAUAUCCUCUUUCGACUUCUUGAUGCAGCUCCUUAAUGAAGAUCUCGUGAAGGAAACUUAGUCAAAACCUGGGAGCAUUCCUAGGAGAGAAUUCAGCAGUGCAGCAUCCUCUCCGAGUUCUAUGAGUUGAUCGGCUUCCACCGCAAGUCCGCCUUCUGCAAGCGGGUGGCCCCCGUGCAGCGCGCGGCCCCCGGCAUCACGGAGCCUGGCGGGAAGGCCUGCUACCGACUCCUUCUGCAGACGCUUCCUGGCUACAGUCUGUCGCUGGAUCUGCAGGACUUCAGCAAAGGUGUUGGAACUAAAACAUUGCUUCAGUCCCAUUAACCAUGCCUGGUUUGGGCCCUGCUGUCUUGCCUCAUCAGGGUGAAUCCUGAUUCGUUUAGAACAGGGCUUAGCAGACUUUUUCUGUCAAGGGCUUGGGAGUAUUUCAGUGUCUGCAAACCUCCUGAUCUCUGGUGCAGCUGCUCAGCUCUGCUGUUCAGACGCCAGAGCAGCCGGACAUUCCACACACACACAGAGUUUUAUUAACAGCGUUGGCUGGGGCUGGAUUCGGUGUAUGAACUGCAGUUUGUCCCCACAGCUCCUCACUAUUGACGCCUGCACCAGAGCGUGCAUUUGCGACAAUGGGUGAACCUGCACUGACACGUCAUCAUCACCCAGAGCCCAGACUUGACACUAGGAUUUACACUUGGUGGUGUGCACUCUGUGGGUUUGGACAGAUGUGCAAUGACAUGUAUCCGCCGUCACAGCAUCAUACAGAGUAGUCUGUCUUAGUGACCUUAAAAUGCUCCGUGCUGCACCUCAUUCAUUGCUCCUUCCCCUCUAGCCUCUGACAGCCACUGAUCUUUUAGUCUCUUUGGUGUUCCCUUUCCCAGAACACCAUACAGUUGGAAUCAGACAUUUGCGGAACCUUCCCAGAUUGGCUUCUUUCACUUAGUAAUAUGCAUUUAAGGUUCCUCCAUGUCUUUUCCAUGCCUUGAUAACUCAUUUCAUUUUAGCACCAAAUAAUAGUCCAUUUUCUGGCUGGACCACAGUUUAUCCAUUCACCUACUGAAGAACAGCUUAGUUGUUUCUGAGUUCUGGUGAUUAUGAAUAAAGCUGCUAUUAACAUCUGUAUGCAGAUUUCUUUGUGGACAUAAGUUUCCAUUUCGUCGAGUAAACACCAAGGAGCACAGUUGCCGGAUCAUAUGUUAGGAGUACGUUUAGUUUUGUAAAAAAUUGACAGACCGUCUUCCAAAAUAUCUGGGCCAUUUUACAUUCCCACCAGCAAUGCAUGAGAAUUCCUGACGCUCCACAUCCUCACCAGCAUUCGGUGCUUUCAGUGUUCUGCGUUUUGGCAGUUCUGACAGGUGUGCAGUGAUACCUCGCUGUUUCAGUCUGCAUCCCCUUGAUGACAGAUGCUGUGGAGCAUCUUUCCAUAGACUUCUUUGGCAUCUAGAUUUCUUCUUUGAUGAGGUGUGUGUUCAGGCAUUUUGCUCAUUUUUUAAUCAGGUUGUUCAUCCUUCUUGUUGAGUUUAAAGAGAUUUUGGUAUAUUCUGGAUAUCAGCCCUUUAUCAAUGUGUCCCUGCCCUUCACCUGCAGCACCGGAGUUGUCCUUUGGGUCUCAGUGGAGUGUCAGCUCUUCAAAGAGGUUCCCUGUCUUCCCUCAGCCUAAAUACUGUCCUUGUAUUUUUCACUUUCAUUGACUCAUUUUGUUGUUUUUAAAUAGCAUUUCCCAUAAUUUGUAAGUACAUUAAAAAAAAAGGGCAAUGAUUGAACACCACCUCCCCCACCAGGCUGUGUGCCCUGUGAGAGCAGAGGCCCUGUCCCCACUCACCGUUUCCCAUGACAGCACAUGGCACAUGUCCAUGUAAAAGUGUGUAACGUGGGGCCAAACCUGAUGAGCAGCUAUGAUGACAUGUGUUGGCUACCAUUUAUUGAGUAGACUUUGUUUCUGAUCUUAAUUAUUAAAUCACAUGAAUGAAACUUGUUUGUUUUGAAAAAUAAACAACAAAGCACACCUCCAUUUGAUUGGUACUUUCCACUUAGCCUUCUGACCCAGGAGGGGAUGUUCACCAUCAUUUUGUGGAGGAGGUUGGGGAGGUAAAGUAAGAGAGUGAGAUCAAAUAAAGUAAAAAUGAUAACUAUCAGUUGGCUUUAUUUUCACUAAGACAUAAAAGUUACUUUAAACCCUA